AUGCCGAAGUCGCGAGAUACGUCGCCUUCGUCCCACGAAAGCUCGGCGCGCUCCGUCAGGACGGAAGAGGAGACUACAGCGCCCUCCUUUCUUCAGGUUCCGGAAGAGGCCACGCAGAUCACAACGGUUGUGCGACCACCGACUCCUGCCGCAUCCUCGCUCGCUCUGCCCACGGAAGAGACCACGCAGCCAACUCGCACACGCUCGCCAGCUAGAUUGACUUCUGAGCUCCAGGUCCGCGCGAGAAUUCAAGAGGAACGACUCGACACCAUCAUUUCGAUUGUCGAGGAUCUCGAGGCUACCGCUUCGAAGGAGCCCCUUCAGCUCAUAGCAACGGAGCUCAAAAUAAUCCGGGACACGCUGUUGGAACUGCAUCUUACUUUCCAACAGGAACACAAGGCGCUCAGUUGUCUCUGGCCAGUGUCGCAACUUGAACACGGCUAUUUCAAGAUGAAGGUGGCAUCCUCUGAAGAGAAGGCCGUGCUGUCCGCUCGGAAACUGGUGGCUCAACUAGAACACCGGUUGACUCCCGCAGCUCCGCCCCCGCAGACCACGCAGCCUACUCAGACCACGCAGCCAGAACCUCGGCGAUCAAGGUUACCAGAGGUGCCGCUCCCCAAGUUUGAGGGAGAUUAUAGUCGCUGGCCCGAGUUCAAGUCGGUGUUCACGUCCGUGAUUCUUGAACGCCCGGAGCUCACUGAAACCGACAGGCUCCAUUACCUCAAAGGGGCCGUCUCCGGCAGCGCAGCACAACUGAUAUGCCACCUGCCGCCAACGCGCGAAGCGUUCGCCCAGGCCUGGGCGCUCCUCGACGCGCGCUUCGAGAACAAGCGGUUGAACGUCCAAACACAUAUGGACCGGAUAUAUGAAUUGAAAGCGAUGAGGGUCAGGAAGGCGGCGUCAUUGGUCAAAAUGACCAAUAUCAUUGGUGAGACCAUGGAGGCCAUGAAGACGUUCGGGUUAGCAGACCCUCACAACUGUUAUCUGCUGAGUGUGCUCGUUCGACUCCUCGAUGCCGACACCCGAGAGCAUUGGGAGCAUUCUCUUGCUUCUCAGAAGGAGUAUCCAACCAUGGAGCAACUCACCAACUUCCUCCUAGAGCGGGCCGGCACGCUGGAGCAGCUCGAACGCCUCGCAGAAAGACGCAGUGCCAAGACCUCCUCAACCCCAUCGCCUCGGACCUCUCAGACCACUCCUCAUCGGCCUAGCGCACCCAAGGCCACUGAGCACACCGCUGCAGGAACUCAGCCCACGUCAGCACCCGCAUCUGGACGCUCAGAACCCAGCCGACCACGCACUUCAGCACAUUAUCCGUGUGCCUUCUGCACUCACGAUCACUUUCUGGCAGUGUGUCCCGCUUUUAGACAGUUGACUCCAAAUGACAGGGCUGAUGUCACUAGGGAUAAACAACUGGGUGUCAACUGCCUGGGACAUCACAACCUCAGGAGCUGCCGCACCGCUCAGCGCUGCAAGCUUUGCAACGAACAUCACCAUACUGUGCUGCACGGCAGUGAUCUGAGCCGGGUCUUGGUGCCCGGACUACGAACAGCGCAGCCCACGACCAGUACGCCGCUACCAAGGAACACGCCAGCACCGUCAACCUCAGAGUCUUUAGUAAAUCAGCUUAGACUCAGGCGACAACGCUCCUCAUUGGAUGUCCACGGAGUUGGUGGAGCAAGGACCUCGCAGACGAAUGGAGUGGUCAAUAUUACCCUCCAUUCCAAUUACAGACCGCUCUCAGUCACCGUGCACGCAUACGUGCUCCCGAAGGUGACCACUUGCCUACCAUCGGAUCCACCAGCUCAUCCAACGCUGCCAUCGCAUCUGGAGAAAUUGAACCUCGCAGAUCCUCAAUUUCUCACAUCCAGACCAGUGGACAUCAUUCUCGGAGCAGACGCAUACGGGCAAGAAGAGCCACCGCAGGACACGGCACCCUUGCUCACGCCAGAAGAGCAAGAGUGCGAUCAUUUCAAGACCACGCAUUCAAGAGAUUCCUCAGGAAGGUACAUCGUGAGAUUACCGCUCAAACUUCAUCCUCGAGCACUGGGCAAUUCGUAUCAGACCGCGCAUAAUUGCCUUCAACGGACUCUCAGACGACUCAGUAAGGACGCCCAGUACAAUCAGCUGUACACCAAGUUCAUGCUCGAGUAUGAGCAACUUGGUCAUAUGUUGGGCAGCACGACCACCACAUUGCGUGUGGUUUUCAAUGGCUCCAGUCCAACUUCAUCAGGAUUUUCGCUGAACGAUCUUCUACAUACUGGUCCAAAUCUGAUGCUGAAUAUCGCAGAUCUGCUCAUUUGGAUUCGCAGAUACAAACAUCUGUUUGCAACUGACGUCACGAAGAUGUACCGACAAAUCAAGAAAGAAACGCAGUACCAGCUGACCAUGGUCACGUACGGAACGAAAGCUGCAGCGUACUUGACUGUCCGAACACUCUUGCAACUCGCUGACGACGAAGGGUCGAAAUAUCCCCUCGCCGUGGAACCCAUCAAAGACGGCAGGUAUGUCGAUGAUAUUUUUGGUGGUGCAGAUACAGCAGAGCAUCUACAGGACGUUGCAAAUCAGCUGACGCAACUCUGUCAAGCUGGUGGAUUUCCAUUGGCAAAAUGGCAUUCCACGAGUAAAUCGUUGCUAGAAGACCUCGCCCCAGAUCAGAACAACGCAGCAAUUUCAUUCGACGACUGCGCAACCAAAAUUCUUGGAAUUAAAUGGAUUUCACAUCAGGACACGCUUAACUUCUCGACCAUAUCAGCUACGCAACGCACGCAGUUUACUAAACGCCUCGUCCUCUCAGAAGUAGCACAACUAUUUGAUCCUCUCGGUUUUGUUGCACCUGUAAUUAUCAGAGCUAAAAUUCUCAUUCAAGAGCUUUGGUUACAGGAACUCGGCUGGGACGACAUUCUGCCCUGUCACAUCACGCAGCAGUGGCUUCGCAUCAGGGAAGAUUUAACCAGUCUGGCCAGACUUUCCAUCCCACGAUGGUUCAACACAGCGACUACGUCUACAGUUGAACUUCACGGCUUCUCUGAUGCAUCAGUCCUCGCAAUGGCAGCCGUCGUCUACCUCGUUGUCCACGCACCGUCCACGGAUUACUCAUAA